GGUGGCAUCACCAAACCAUUUGUCGUUUUAAUCGGGUUUCCAUGGCAGGUUGUGUGGUUCGUGGCUAAAUUUAUCAAUCUGAGGGACAGGAACGGCGCUGCGUGCGUAACACAACUCGAUUACGAUAUUACAAAUAGCCUACCCUAUAUUCUUUUAUAAUUAUAUGUGUGUGUGAUUUUAAACCAUAUCGUAUGUGCAUGUCAACAAAGGAAGAUGCUACACUUGCCGUAGGCUGUUUGUCCAGUUUGUGUUGCGCACCACAGCUUUCGGCAGAGAAUACCGUCAAGAAUCAUUUGCAAGAAUGUCGCACAGCUCCUACAACAGGAUGUGGGCUGCCAGCCACAAAGUGUUAGAGGGCCUUCUUGAAGAUGAGUUCCCUAUCGUCCAGCCUCGGCCCCAGAGAGAUCGUCUGCAGAUCUUUCAAACGCUGGCUGGCUUCUACCUGAAGUACCUGCAGAUCAUGCGUAACCUGGAGGAGGUGUACGACCAGAUGGUGCAUCCGCAGAAGAGACGGGUGGUGCGCACGGUCUUGGAGGGCAUCAUGGGAAGGCUGUUGGAGCUGAAGAACGAGAUGGUGGAGCUGGAGUUCUCCGAGUUCCAUUAUUUUGACGACAUGCUGCAAGACCUCAAGAUGACCCCGGCUGAUCUGGAGGUGCCGAUUCCUGGCCACUUUGUGAGGGAGAGAACGCGCGUCCUGAAGGAAAGGGAGAGGAUGCUGGCCCACAUUCUUGCCAAAGGAGGCCACUUGGAACAACACGAGUCGGUGUGCAGCGUGGCGGUGCAGAGGAUGUCCGUGGAGGAGGCGGCGCAGCUGAUCCAGGUGAGCGAGCGUGCGCGGCAGGGCCGACUCAGGGCGCGCUUCAUGAGGGACAUCCGGCACGACGACGCCACCAGCCAGCUGCUCCGCAGCCACAGCACCUGCACCCUGGACCCGCACGCUGCGGCCCUGCGCAUUCAGAAGGUGUGGCUUGGUUACAGUCAGAGGAAGAGGACCAAGAGACAGCGGCAGGAGGAGCUGAUCUUUCUGGGGAUGGUAGCACCCCCGCGGGCGACCCCGAGCCUGGCGGAGCAGAGCGCGCGGCAGGUGGAGGUGUCCAGGCGGGCGGUGCAGGAGCAGCACGAGGCCGAGUACCAGCGGGCGCUCGUCAGCAUCAAGGAGUCCGUGCGCGCCGUCGAAGGGCUGGACAUACGAGAGACGCUACAGGAACAAAUACGCCAGUGGUUCAUAGAGUGCAGAGAUGCGACUGGCAAGUUCCCAGACUUCCCCAGCGUAGAGGACGGCGGAUCAGCCGGGAUAUUCGCACAAAAGACGCCUGAGCAGGUCGCUGCCGAGUUGGCAGCCAGAGAGGAAGAGAGGGAGAAGAAGAAAAACGCGAAGGGAAAGAAGGACAAGUCUGGAAACGAGAAGAAGGAAAAGAAGCGAGAGAAGAGGGGGAAAGCGAAGGAGAAGAAGAGAGAGAGUGUGGGGGAGGCCGAGGAGGCAGAGAAGGGCUGGAAAAUGGCGCCGAGUAAUUUCCUUCCCACCGUGCUGCAGGGAACCAAGAUGUUCCGAGAGGUUUGGCAGGAGCGUGAUGAGAGGCACAACUUCCUGCAGCGUUUCGACGCUCAGCUGGUCCGCGAGGAGAAGAGGCUGGAGGUGGAGGAGGAGGUCAGAGUUCAGGUGGAUGAGCUGAUGAGGCAGGAACUGAAGAAUCUGAAGCUUGCCGUGGACAAGGACAAGGGCAAGAAGAAGAAAACAAAGAAGGGCAAUAAGAAGAAGAAGAAGAAAGGGAAGAAGGCCAGCAAGAAGAAGAAGAAGAAGGAGAGAGACCUGACAGCAGACCGAACCAUCGAGUCGCUGUAUGAAGAGCUGGUUCUCGAAGGUCUCCUGAUUCGGCCAAUGAAUGUGAAGCUCUCAGAGUACAUUGGUGAGUUCAGCUACCUGGGCACGACGCUGCGCCAGGCGGAUAUUGAGCCCAUGCCGUCUCUCUCAGACGUGCGCCAGCUCAUCGCUCUCUACGGGAUCCUGCCCCUGGGUUCCCAGUCUGUCCAUGAGAGGGCGCCACUCAUCAGGACCCUGCUGCUGGCGGGCCCGGCGGGGGUGGGGAAGAAGAUGCUGGUCCACGCGCUGUGCACGGAGACUGGGGCCAACCUCUUCAACCUGUCGCCCGGCAACCUGGCCGGCAAGUACCCCGGACGCCUCGGCCUGCAGUACCUCCUGCACAUGGUGUUCAAGGUGGCCCGGCAGCUGCAGCCAUCUGUGGUGUGGAUCGGAGACGCAGAGAAAACGUUUUACAAGAAAAUCCCCAAACUGGAGAAAGAGAUGGAGCCUAAGAGACUGAAGAAGGAUCUUCCCAAAGUGCUCAAGUUGCUCCGACCGGAGGACCGCGUUCUGGUGGUGGGAACGUCCAGACGGCCGUUUGAGGCUGACAUCAAGUCCCUUUGUAAAGUCUACAAGAAGGUCAUCCUGAUCCCAAGGCCUGACUACGCAUCUAGAUUAGUGCUGUGGAGAGACCUGUUGAGGACCCGUGGUGCUCAUCUCACGCCUGCACUGGACCUCAGCUCUCUGGCCAAAGUGACGGACGGCUACACACAGGGGCACAUUCUCCGCGCCGUGCGCUCGGUGCUGACCACCCGCCGCCUGGGUCACAUGGCCAGCAGGCCCCUCAGGGCGGCCGAGUUCAUCCCUGUGCUGGCACGCCAAGACCCCGUGUACCGAGAAGAGGAAGAGGUCUUUAAGGCGUGGUACAGUCGCACGCCGCUGGGGAAGAAGAGGCUGAGAGCGGCCAAGAGCCUCGAGGAGGACGGCGAGGCGGGAAAAGGAGCGAAGGGGAAAGGCAAGAAGAAGAAGAAAGACGUGAAGGGAAAGAAGAAGAAGAACACGAAAUAGAAACCAUGGGGUGCCUCUCAUUUGGUCUUUUAUACAUCCUCCCUUCCCUCCUCGGUCCUCGUCCUCACUGAUCUACAUAAAGAAUGAUGGGGCGGCAACAAUGGGAUAGUCUAUCCAGUGUUAGUUAUAGAUCAGUGGGAAAGAGCCAGGAGGACCGAGCCUGGAGGAUGGAGGAGAGAUGUUGAGGGGCACCCCUUUAGUCUCGUUUCACGAACUGUCACAUUGUGAUCGUUUUGAACAGUUUUACCUCAGCUCUGGAUACACUUGAUUUAUGUCCUUGAUUCUGAGAAUGCCCAGUGUGGUGUGGAAGGAUGGAAACACAUUUCGUAAGAAUACAUUCAAGCAUUGUUUGCCAUACAGAUAUUCCAUUGAGUCUACUCCAUCGGUGAGAUCUCCAUUUUGAUAUCAUGGAGAAGUAGCUUUAUUCGGCCACUAGAGGGCAGUAAAACACUGAAGAAAACACUACUGCUCUGUUCCUGAUGUGAGACCUGUAUAUUUGGCAUCCAAAUAGAACAUGUUACAGUAAGAUUAGUGACAUUCUUUAUAUCAUUUUCAUGUUGUUGAAGUUGGAGCCCUUGUAGAAAUACUUUGCUGAUCUGAUUUUAUUCUAUAAAA